AUGACAAGGGCUCCCCAAGGAGAGAAGAACAGCCGGAAGGGUUUUGAUGAAAAGGCUUACUUGUCCUCAAAGCUGCUGAAGGCCGGAGAAGACCCCUACCGCCAGCAUGCUUUUAAUCAGCUGGAGAGCGACAAACUCAGCAGUGAUCGGCCCAUUCGGGACACCAGGCACUACAGGUGUACUUCUGUACGCUAUGACACAGACUUGCCAGCUACCAGCCUCAUCAUCACCUUCCACAACGAGGCGCGCUCCACCCUGCUCCGCACGGUAAAGAGCGUCCUGAACCGGACCCCUCCUAGCCUCAUCCAGGAGAUCAUUUUGGUAGAUGACUUCAGCUCAGAUCCUGAGGACUGCCAGCUCCUUACCAAGAUCCCAAAGGUGAAGUGUCUACGAAACACUCGGCGAGAAGGGCUGAUUCGCUCUCGGGUUCGAGGAGCUGAAGUGGCUACUGCUGAUAUCCUCAUAGUAACGGGGGGGGGGCUGCAGCCAAUGCUUCAGAGGGUAAAAGAGGAUUAUACCCGAGUGGUGAGUCCAAUCAUAGAUGUUAUCAGCCUGGAUAAUUUUGCCUACCUGGCAGCAUCAGCAGAUCUGAGAGGAGGGUUUGACUGGAGCCUUCACUUUAAGUGGGAGCAGAUUCCUAUAGAGCAGAAGAUGUCCAGAACCGACCCAACUCAGUCUAUAAGAACCCCUGUCAUAGCAGGAGGCAUCUUUGUGAUCGACAAGUCCUGGUUUAACCACCUGGGAAAAUAUGAUACUCAAAUGGACAUCUGGGGAGGAGAAAAUUUUGAGCUCUCUUUCCGAGUGUGGAUGUGCGGUGGCAGCUUGGAGAUUGUUCCCUGCAGUCGAGUGGGACACGUGUUCAGGAAGCGCCAUCCCUACGACUUCCCUGAGGGCAAUGCGCUGACUUACAUCAAGAACACCAAGCGCACAGCAGAGGUAUGGAUGGAUGAAUACAAGCAGUACUACUAUGAGGCCCGGCCAUCUGCCAUUGGGAAGUCAUUUGGAAGUGUUGCAGACCGAGUGGAGCAGCGACGCAAACUGAACUGUAAAUCUUUCCAGUGGUAUCUGGAGAAUGUCUACCCUGAGCUCAAGGUUCCUGAAAAGGAGCUGAUUCCAGGAAUAAUUAAACAAGGAGGAAACUGCCUGGAGUCUCGGGCACAGGAUACCACCGGGAAUACGUUGGCUGGCAUGGGAAUCUGUAAGGGAACAGUGAACAAUCCACCUGUCACUCAGGAGUGGGUAUUCAGUGAUCCUCUAAUUAGACAGCAGGACAAGUGUCUUUCCAUUGCCUCCUUCUCUACUGGCUCUCAAAUCACACUGGAAGCCUGCAAUCAAAAAGACGGCAGACAGAAAUGGAAGAUGAAAGGCAGUUUCAUUCAACACUUUGUCAGCGGUCUCUGCCUGGAGAACCAGACUGGGAGAGUAGUGACCAACCCUUGCCAAGCAGAUGUACCUGGCCAACAGUGGGAGCUGCUACAAGCAACAUGA